UGUCUAAAUGUAUUAUUUCAGAGGUUUUUUUGCAUUUCUAGAAGCUGCAGUGGACCGAGGAACGGUAGUCACUCAUUACACAAGAUUCAUCAGGUCACACAAGGUUAUAUCGAAGACAGUCAUGGACUAUUUAGUGUCUCCAAUUCACCUCACUUGCAUGUCUUUGGACUGUGGGAGGAAAGCGGAGCACCCGGAGGAAACCCACCCGGACACAGGGAGAACAUGCAAACUCCACACAAAACGGACCCGGACCGCCCCACCUGGGGAUCGAACCCAGGAUCUUCUUGCUGUGAGGCGACAGUGCUACCCACUUAGCCACCGUAUUAAAGUCAUUUAAAAGUCACCACAUAUAGAUUACCUGUAAUCUGAGUUAUACUUUAACAAUGUGCACUUUGUACCUCACCUAGAGCUGUUUGAGUUUACAACAUUGAAGAGAUAACAUCUCCAACCUAGAAGUCUAGAAGACUCAGGUGUGAAAAUGGAUUGCCUGCCCUUUAUUCUGGACGGUGGACUGGCUACAGAAUUGGAGGAAAGAGGAUUUCAGCUACAGGGAGAUCCUCUAUGGAGUGCUAAAAUUCUGCAUACAAACCCAAACACCAUAAAGGACGUACAUUACAGUUAUCUUCAGUCUGGAUCCGACGUCAUCACAACGGCUACAUAUCAGGCCAGUAUUGAAGGAUUCACAAAGCAUCUUGGUGUCAAACCUGAAGAGGCCGAGACGUUACUGAGGUCAGGGGUUCAGUUAGCAAAAGAGGCAGCAGCAGAAUUCAUGUCCAGCUGUGCAACACCCGACAGAAGAAGGCCUCUGGUGGCAGGCUCCGUGGGUCCUUACGGGGCUUUUCUGCACGACGGAUCAGAAUAUACAGGAAACUACGCCUGCAAGAUGAGCGUCCAAGAGCUGAAGGACUGGCAUCGGCCUCAGGUUGGUAGUUUGGUGGCUGCAGGAGCGGAUCUCCUCGCGCUGGAAACAAUCCCGAGUCUUAAAGAAGCCGAGGCCUUAGUGGAGCUGCUGAGGGAGUUUCCUGAUACUAAAGCCUGGCUGUCAUUUACCUGCAAGGACGCCCAGAGUAUUUCAGAUGGUAACAAGUUCCUCAGUGCUGUUGAGGUGGCCAGUAAAUCCACUCAGCUGGUCGCUGUCGGGGUGAACUGCUCCCCCCCUGCUCUGGUAAAACCUCUUCUAGAAUCAGCCAGAUCACACAAGGCUGCCAGUAUGAGCUGGGUGGUUUAUCCCAACAGUGGGGAAGGCUGGGAUCCCAGUACAGGCUGGAUUAAAGAAAAAAGGACGUCAUUUACCGAGCUUAGUGCUGAGUGGAAAGAACAAGGAGCUUUAUGGAUCGGCGGCUGUUGUCGGAUCGGUCCAGCUGAUAUCGCUCAGUUGAGAAGUCAAUUAAUGAAGACCCAGACAUCUUAAAUCUAAAACUCAUUCACAACAAUCAGUGGAACAAACUUGACGUGUUAUACAAGACAUUGUAUAAAUAUUUAUUCAUAAACAAAAACUUGCCAACUAUU